AUGGCCACCAGCCGCAAAUUAAAGAGUCAUGGCGUGAGGAAGGGCAAGAACCGAGGUCCUCACAAGGGAGUCAAGAGAGGUGGCAGCAAAAGAAAAUACCGGAAAGGAAGUCUGAAGAGUAGAAAACGGUGCAAUGACGCCAAUCGCAAUUCCCGCUCCCACUUGUGA